AUGGGCAGCUGCAUAUCGCACGAUUAUGACGAGGCGGGAUUGCGAAAUGCCGAAAUUGACCGCGAGCUCGCCGAAGAGCGGAACCGGCGGUCUGAAGAGGUCAAAAUUCUGCUACUUGGAAGCGGCGAGUCUGGCAAAUCGACAAUUGUCAAACAGAUGAAAAUCAUUCACCAGAAUGGGUACACACGCGAAGAGCUGGCGCUGUUCCGAAUGACUAUAUACAAAAACGUGUUGGACUCGGCGCAUGAGCUGGUCGUCGGAAUGCAGCGGUGUCAGCUCUUCCCGGCGGACGAGCGCAACAUGGAGUUUGUCAACAAAAUAUUAGAGCUCAACAUCGAAAAGAGCCUGGCCAUCAACAUUACGCCUGACUUUGUCGAGGGCAUCGAGCGGCUGUGGAAGGACCCGAUUAUCGAACGGCUGAUUGUGCAGACGAGCAAGUUCUACCUGAUGGACUCGGCGCCAUAUUUCUUUAACAACAUCCGGCGAAUCGGCGACCCCAAGUACUUGCCCACGGAGGCCGACGUUCUGCGCGCGCGGUCAAAAACGACAGGCAUUAUUGAGACGCGGUUUAUGAUGAACAACACGUGCAUACACAUGUUUGAUGUCGGCGGCCAGCGGUCGGAGCGCAAAAAGUGGAUACAUUGUUUCGAGAGUGUGACGUCAAUCAUCUUUUGCGUUGCGCUGAGCGAGUACGACCAGGUGCUGCUCGAGGAGUCUUCACACAACCGCAUGGACGAGAGCCUGGUUCUCUUCGACUCGGUGAUCAACAGCCGCUGGUUCCUGCGUACCUCCAUCAUCCUCUUCCUCAACAAGAUUGACUUGUUCACCAAGAAGAUCAAGAUUGUGCCGCUAAGCAACUACUACCCCGAGUACACCGGUGGGCCCGACGAGAAGCUGGCCGCGCGCUUUAUCUUGUGGAAGUUUUCGCAGGCAAAUCGCGCCAAUCUCCAGCUAUAUCCGCACAUCACCCAGGCCACUGACACGUCCAAUAUUCGGCUGGUAUUUGCUGCUGUGCGCGAGACCUUGCUCCAGAAUGCACUGCAGGAAAGCGGGAUCCUCUGA